AUGAGUUAUUGUAAAAUAUUCGGAAGGUCGUUAGUAUGUGUCAGAAAAGCUAGUGAUGUUGUAUACAAGGACGUGAUAAGGUUAAGUUUGAAAGCAGGAAACGGUGGUCAAGGGCUUCCGAGGUACGUAGCAUUCAGAUUAAACUACUUUUCAUUAUAAAAAUAACGAAAGUAAUAUUGUUUUAUAUGAUAUUAUAAGCUUAAAAGCUUCUUUUCUAGGUACAAUGGAGUAGGAGGUAAAGGAGGAUCGAUUUAUGUUAUACCAGAAAGGAAUGUCCAGUUUCAGAACGUUUAUGAUAAAUACAGGGACAAAGGAUGGGUUGUGAAGGCUGAAGCUGGACAAUCAGCUCAAAAAAUAAAACUCGUAGGGAAUCCGGGAAAGGAAAUUGUAGGUUUUAAAAAAAAUCCACACUUUCAAUGGCUAAAACAACUAUUUUUAGUUAUUUACUUUCUAAUGAAUGAUAUAUUUAGGUAAUAAAGGUUCCGUUAGGAGUAGAAUGUGUUGAUAUAGGGACGAAGAUACUGUUGGCGAGGUGUGUCACACCAGGAAGGAAAUUACUUAUAGCUAGAGGUGGACAUGGGGGAAAUGUUGGCAAUAAUUAUAAGUAAGUUGUGCUCAAGAUAAAUGUUAAAAACUCAUCAGAAACAUUAAAUUUUGAAAACUUUUGAAUCAAAAAAAAAUUUAAUAACCUAUAAUAAUAUUUUUAAAACCAUUAUUUCAGAGGACAACCAGGAGAACAUAUCAGCUUGGCCAUUCACCUCAAACUAAACACCAAUAUUGGCUUAUUGGGCUUACCGAACGCAGGAAAAUCGACAUUAUUAAAAGCAUUUGUACCUAAAAGUAAAGUGAAAAUCGCCAACUACCCUUUCACCACCAUCAAUCCUCAAGUACUGGAUCUGGAGUACGAACAAGAUCCAGAUGAAUACAAGUUUUCGUUAAGUGUGGCUGAUCUACCUGGAAUUAUCGAAGGAGCAUCGAGGAAUCGUGGCAGAGGACAUGCGUUUUUGAAACAUCUCGAAUACAGUGAUAUGAUUGUCAUGGUAGUGGAUUUGAAUGGAUUCCAAUUGUCUAAUGAUCUUUCGGAACCGUUUAGGUAAGAAUAACUAAUUUGUUAUGUAUAUUUGUCAUUUAGGAAUGCUCUAGAGUCAGUGUCAGUACUAUGUCAAGAAAUGGAAAACUAUGAUGCUAGAUUGACCCGAAAACCGUUAGUUGUCGCUUUAAAUAAAGUCGAUUUGUUUGGGCAAGAAGUGAGUUUUAAAUAUUUUUUUUGGUCAAAAAGUCCUCAGAAUUCCAUUUUUUGGCUUAAAAUUGCGCAGAAUUCUUUUUUGGCCCAAAAGUUCUCAAAAAAUUAUUUUUUAAAAACUACUAUAUUUUUCAGAAAGCCCAUGAAAUCGUGCAAAAACUAAAAUCAAAAACAUGGUGGAACGAAGUGCCUGAGGAAAUAAGGCCCACAACCCGGGUGAAGUUUGUCGAUGUGAUUCCAAUCAGUGCUAGAUCGAAACAAGUAGAUGAACUCAAAGAAUGCCUACGGCAGGUUCAUGACAAUUUAAAUGAACCUAAGCCAAUGGCAUUCAAAAAGCACGAAACGGAAUCGGGUGAGAUUAUGAUCUGA